GGAUGUGAUGUCAUACAGUCGACGUGUCCUUACACACACAGCAGGAUGGACGAUUCCGAAUUCUAUUUCGACCUCAGCGACCUCUUCGACACGAACCCAGUAAGCCCACCACCAUCACCACCACUCAAUCUAUCACACCAUCUUUGCACACACACACAGGCAUCAGACGACGACUUCCACCUCCUCGACCUCAACACCGACCUCCUUUCCGUGCUUGCCGACGCAGAUACAGAGCAGUUUUUCGACGCACAGUGCAACCUACCCAACGAUCUCCUAAUACGCCACAAUUCCGUCGAGCACGACCAUCAGUAUUGCACAGAAACGAGGCAAGGACGGAAGAGGAAGUGGGAAGACACUCUGGACGGCAGUAGCAAUGGGGUUUCUGUUGGUCGUUUGGUUUGUCGUCGCGAUGGGACGGAUUUGAAUGGUCAGCGGGUGUGCAGUGACUGUCAGCUUGCUGAUGAUUUGUUUUCGCUCGGUGCGGAGUGUGGGGAUGAUGCGAAGGGUCGGAGGAGUAGCGAAUCUGGUGAAGACAAUGGAUAUUGUUCUAUGGCUGUGGCAUCUUCUCCCAGUUCUGUUAGUGAUGGCGACUUGUCUAGCGAGCAAGCGGUUACGUCACACAUUCAGUCACAGCCCGUCACUCCAUUGCCAACUACUAAACCAGUGGUGACUCGAGGCUUGCCUCUUCUUGCGUACUUACCAAUACCGAGAUUGUCGAACAACCAGCCACAAAAGGACUUGGACGCUUCAAAACCAGUCGAACUCACUGAAGAAGAGAAAGAAGCACUGAAAGCAGAGGGACUGCCCAUACCCACAACAUGGCCGUUGACCAAAACUGAGGAAAAGGCAUUGCGGGUUGUGAGGAGAAAGUUGAGGAACAAGAUGUGUGCUGCAGUUAGUCGUCAAAGGAAAAAGGAAUAUAUUGCAACUUUGGAACAGAAAGUGGAAAAUUGUACAGCCGAGAACCACAGCCUCCAAGAGAAGGUUAAUAAAUUGGAGUCACAGAACAGGUCGUUGUUGUCUGAACUCCAACGAGUUCGUAAUCUCAUUAGCGGCUCCGUUCAAGCCGCCAAGAGGUGUCGUUCUACGCAGACCGGCACUUGUCUCAUGGUGUUGGUAGUAUGUUUCGCUGUGUUACUGCCGCAGUGGCCGGUCACUAGUAUUGUCAAAGGAGUUGUACCUUCGUUAGGAAAUGAGGCGUUUGACUACACAACAACUGCAGCGAGUGGACGUACUUUGAAGUUUGAUUCUGAUGGUGAUGGGAGCAAGUCAUUGUUGACCUCUAUGUAUCUUGCGAUGUUGUCAUACUUUGUGGAGGACGAAUAUUAUGUGAUGGAGUAUCAAUCAGACGUGCAUGAAGCAGAGGCUGCAUCGAGUAUGUAUACAUUAUCGAAGCUUGUGCUCACCAACACAACAGAAACUGUUCACACUGACAAUGUCACUCUGAGUGACUUGAUUAGUUCAUGAUGUGAAUUUUAUUGACGACGUCGUGUGUUUCUUACCGAUGAAGUUUGAAAUUGUAUAUAAAGAUAGCCGUUUUUCGUAUUAUUCAAAGUGUUGAUAUCUUGUUCUC